AGACGCCGAAUAAUUCAAGACUACCUUCUACUAAGUCCUUAUGGGCACUAGCUAGCAACUUACUUAUUUAAAGUUACUUCAUGGCUAAGUAGUUAGUUUGGCAGGGUCAAACUGUAUUUUUGAUAUUGAUUGUUUAGCGCAAGUACUCAAAAUGGAAAUAGGACAAGGAGUUGGAGAAAAGGCAGUAUCCGUAAAAAUAAAAGUCGUACGUGGGCAUAAUUUGAAAGGAAGCAGGACUGAGUCUUUCCUCAGCUUUGUUAGAGUUGAGUUUAAUGGUGUUGUCCUUGGAGAUUCUCCAAAACUUGAUGCAAUUGUUGACUCAGCCGUGGAUUACAGCUUUACAUGCAGCUUCGAGUGUUCAGAUGCUGCACACAAUUUGGAUGAUCUUGCCCAUAAACCUGUCAUCUUGACUGUGACUGAGAUCUUGCCCAAAGAAAAGAAGCAGAAGGAAGAGAAGACGAUUGUUCUCGGACAAGCGGUGGUGGAUCUACUCCCUCUUCUCUAUGGUCAGUGCAGCUUCACCUGCUCUACAUUCCUUAAUCCAGCACCUGGCUCACCUGGAGAGACAGCUGCCCUGGACGGUAGCUGCAAGCCUAUGCUUGACGUCUCAAUUGUUGUCCCAGAGCCUUUGCUGUCGGACUCCCAACUCUCUGAGUCCAAACUUUUGAAAGUUACUGUUGAAACAGCGUACUCUGUGCCUGAAGUGUGGAGUCCUGCAACAGGGCCUGCGUCAGGCUAUGUUGCGGCGCUACAGAUGCCCCUCACAGCUGAGAAAGAGCAAAUAUUGAUGUUCUCCAAUGGAAUGCUGAAAAUGGGAGGGGAGAGAGAACCUGUACCCCGACCCAAAAAAUGGCCACAGAGUGGCACGUUGGCCCUAGGAUCUCAGAAUAUACCAGGCAGUAGCAUUGAAGAAGAGUCUGUCAGCAUGGAGGAUGGAGAUCUGACCAGUGUAGAGGAUAAGCAAUUCUGUGUAGAGGCUGAAACAAAUAGAAAGAGGGUGAGCUGGGAUACAGAGCGCCGCUGCUUCCUGGAUGCUGGAGGUGCUGCUUGGUUGACCCGCAGGAUUAUAGAGAGUCGGCUGUGGCCUAUAGAGAUUAUGAGAGUAGCGCAAAUGGGAGCCGCCAAGGGAGCGAAGGCUGGUAAAGAGAAGGUAGAGGAUGAGACCCAAAUAUCCUUCCAUGGAGUGGCGUAUAUGGACUUGGCUCCACUGAUGUAUCCAGGAGCCACAUGUGUCAGAGGGGCCUAUAAGAUCUACCCUUUCUAUGAGUCUGAGCUCAUGUUGAAGACUAAGAGGAACCAAAGUGUGUUACGUGAGAGCAUGCGGCUACCGGUGACGGGGGGCAAAGGUCGGGUCUCCUCUGUUAACUCCUGUAAGGCCGCGCCUAGCAAAAUCUUCGAGAAGGGAGGAAAAGACACCAAGGAGACUCCCAAAAAGGUAGGGCCUCCGGGCAAGGUUGCCCCAGAGGAGAACUUUGUUGAGGUGGAGCCACAAAUCAACACAGAGGGACAAAUGUAUGCAGAUUCCAAGUCCUACAUUGUAAUUGAGAUUGAACUAGACAGACCACUUGUUCCAAAAAGACCAAAAGAGGAGCUGACAAAAAGAGUGAUGCAGCUUAUUCCUCCAAGACCUCCAUUACUUCACAGACCAACUGGAGCAGAAAGGGCGGUGCAGGAGUUUCAAGGUCAAGUAGCAAAUGUAGCAGCACAGGUCAUGGACCAGUACCAGCAGCUGUUUGGUGCAGCAUUUGAACCUGGUGCCUCUUCUCUGGACCCCAACACCCAGGAGCAGCGUAAAAGACAGUUGCUAGGGGAGCUCAACUACUCCGGGAAGUACUUUGCUUUCAAAGAACAACUCAAAUACUCUGUAGUGCGUAUAGUACGUGAGAAAAUGUUGCGAACUGAAGCCUUCGCAGAUGAGGAUCAACUGCAGGCAUUUCUGAGUCAACUGUAUGUGUUCCUGGUGGAUGAAAUGCACAUGGCACUGAAUAAGACAUUAUCAGUAGAUAAUCUAGAGAAUCAGCCGCAGCCACAGCUGGAGUGUUCUCAGCUAAGGCACUUUGCCAGAGAGGCUGAGCUCAACCAGGACUACCAGCUGGCCACACAGUACUACCAGGAGCGGCUGGCUCGAGAUCGUAAUGACCCAUCCCACUGGUUUGAUUAUGGCUGUUUCUACAUGCUGAGGGGGGACUACCAGAAAGCAGAGGAGUGCUUCCAUCAGGCUGUGUCUAUAAACCAGGCACAUCUGUCCAGUUUACUGAUGUGUGGUAUUCUGGCUGAGAUGGAUGGACGGUAUGAGGAUGCAGAGACAUUUUUUGAAGGAGCAACCUGUGUCAAUCCCCGUAGUGUGGUUGCCUGGACACUGUUUGGUCUGUUCUAUCAAGCACAGGACAACAGCAUCCAGACAGAAAUGGCUUUCUUAGAGGCCAGUAAGCAGCAGCGGGCAGGUUUGGCGCCUGGCCCAGUCGGAGAUGGGGACACACAGACAGAAAAGUUCGACACGCAGGCAGAGAACAUUGUGCAGGAGGAAGGAGUUGGUGGAGACUCCGCUGAUAAGAGCAUGGAGGGGGAGAAUGCAGAAAGUGAUGUCAAGGGCUGUUCUGUGGCUGUGGAACCUAAACCCACCAGUACAACUGCCCUUGCCAGCCCUAGCAGGGCAUCUAGUAUCUACAUGAAGACCGUGGAGUUCCUACUGCAGAAUAAUGCAUUACAGAUGGCCCAGAGGGCCCUGGCUCAAGAGCUGCUGUGUCCUGAGGGGGGGUUGAGUAGCUGCUACCAUCUGGCAUUGGCUCAACUCCACACUCUCCGAGGAGAGUACUGCAGUGCUGAGACAAGCCUCAGUGCAGCGCUCAGUGAUAGUUAUGAGAAGCCAGAUGUGUGGGCGUUGUGGGGCCACCUGCAUUACCUGCGAGACGAGUGCAGAGAUGCUCGGAAGUGUUAUGAGAGGACCUUGGACUUUGUGACGGACGCUUCUGACACACACCCCAUCUAUCUGCGCCUGGGCUCCAUCUACCUGCGUGAAGGACAGUUUGAGAAGGCCAAAGCCACAUACCUACGUGCUUGCAAGAGCUCACCAUCCUGCUUGACCUGGCUUGGCGUGGGCAUCGCCUGCUACCGGCUGGGGGAAAUGACAGAAGCUGAGGAUGCACUGACAGAGGCAAACACUCUAAGCAGUGCUAAUGCAGAGGUGUGGGGAUACCUAGCUCUUGUAUGUUUGCAGAUGGGGAGAAAGUUGGAGGCAGAGCAGUCUUAUAAGUACACUCUGAAGCUUGGUUUACAAAAUGAACCACUUCUCCAGGAGAUCAAUGAGAUGCAAAGACAUGUUGGAUUUGGCAACCCUGGGUUUUGAAUACAGUGUGGUAUUGACUGCAUUCAAUGGGACAUGUCUGUUUUAAUGGUAACUUGUACACUUAUUUGUGUAAAAUAAAGCAUGUUCCUCCAA